GCAUGCCCCUGGUUAUUUAAAGCACCUCCUUAGGAGUGCAACUCUUGCCAAAAUGACCUAAGUGAGUUUUCAUCAUCACCAGGAAAAGUAAUAAUGAUCUCAUCACUUCUUGUGUUCCUUGCCAUUCUCAGCGCAGCAUCAUUAUCAGAUGCCGGAGCCGGAGUUCCUCACCAGAUUCACCAUCUCCGGCCGCGCUCGGGGUCCGGCGGCCAACGGAUCCUGGGGGUGUCGUGCCUUAGUUGGCGGCUGGGCGUGGAAACCAACAACAUACGCGACUGGAAAUUAGUGCCGGAGGUGUGCGAAGGGUACGUAGGGAACUACAUGCUGGGCCACCAGUACCGGAAAGACUGCAACGCCGUCGCCUACGCCGCCGUGCAGUAUGCCAAAAGCAUCAAGCCCGCCGGAGACGGCAAGGACAUUUGGGUUUUUGACAUUGAUGAAACUUCUCUCUCCAAUUUACCUUAUUUUGCUCGCUCUGAUGUCGCAUUCGGGGCAAAGGCGUACAACGCAACGGCAAUCAACGAGUGGGUGAUGGAAGGGAAGGCGCCGGCGGUGCCUGGAGUCAUACUGCUGUAUAAGCAAUUGGUGAAAUUAGGGUAUAAGGUGGUGUUCUUGACGGGCAGAACCGAAAACCAAAGACAGAUCACAACGCAGAAUCUCAACAACGUGGGCUACCAUUCAUGGGAAAACCUCAUCCUCAAGCAAACAUCGGAGUCGGGGAAGACGGCAGUGGCGUACAAGUCGGGGAGGAGGAAGGAGCUGGAAGAGAGCGGAUACAGAAUCGUAGGGAACGUGGGAGACCAGUGGAGUGAUUUGCUGGGCUCUCAUUCGGGUAAUCGGACUUUCAAGGUCCCGGAUCCUCUCUACUACAUUAGCUAGCUAGCUACCCAGUACCUACCUAGCUGGCGACCUAUGAGUCGUGAUCAUCCAUGUCUCCUGCUAAUCUAUUAUAUCAUAAUGGAAUCCAACACAUAACUUUAAAAUUAUCAACUUCAUAAAUGACUCCUUAUUAUUUAAGUCAA